AUGCUUAAUUCAAUAGAAUGUUUUAUUGAAGUACUCCAAUUACAAUAACCUUGCGAUGGUCUUGUUUCAGAAGUGUAACAAUUCUUAGAUUUCGAUAUGAACAAAGUAUUACAACAAGAUCAAAGGAAGAUAGUGCAAGAUCCUAUGUAUGAAAUUGUCACUAGUAGCUUUUAGAUUGCUAAUCAAUUGGUUCAAUUAAAUAGAAGAUCAUUUAUCAAUAAAAUAAGAUGAAAAUGAUACAUAUAUUACACCUAUGAUAUAAGUUUAAGUGAUGUUAAUCAAUUCUUUCAUUUACAUUUCAAACUAAAAUUUACUUUAAGAAUAUUUUUAUCUAUUUGAAGUAUUAUAAAAAAAAAUACUAUACCUUAAAAUCUAUUAACCAAACGAAUUGACAUUAUCUGCUUUAGAAUAAUGCUAUAAAUUUGAAUAGUGCAUAGAUUGUAACAAAAUCUCAUAAAUUAGCAUGCUGAUUUACAAAAUUAAUUAAUUCAAUUCAAGUGAAAAAAUAGAUCAAUUUUAUCAAUUUAUUAUUAAAUUUGACUAAAAAAAACAUAAAUUAGUUGAUUCAUAAGCAAACUUAAUAAUAUACUCUUACUAUCUAAUCUUAUAAUAAUGUUGUCAAUUAGUAGAGGAGAACAAAAAUCUUGAAACUGUUAUAUCAGUUUGUCUUAAUAUCAAAGAAGAACUUAAAAAAUCUGAUUAGAAUUACCUCAAUUAAUGUAAUUAAUGUAUCUUACUAUCAUACUAUAAAUUAAAUAAAAUAAAUGAUUUUAUUCAAUAUAGUAAACAAUAUGAUUUAUAAAAAACUACUCCACUUGAAAUAUAAUUACUUAUAUUAAUUGUUAAAAUUAAAGAAUUUUAAUCAGAAAUUGAUUUUGAAAAAGUAAGAAAUUAGGUUAAUAAGAUGUUUUAAUAAUUCUUAGAUAAUAAUUUAAUGCAUUCUGUUACUGAUAUUUUGAUUCUCCUUAAAGAAUUAAGUUAAAAUAUAUAAUUAUAUCCAAUCAAUUUUAUAUUAAUAAAUCAAUGGUUUCAAUUUAAAUAUAAUUUAAUUCUUAGAGCUUCAAAUUAAUAAAAUAUAAUGAAAUUAAGUAAAGACAUUCAUUAAAUGCUCUUAGAUUUUCCUUAAUUACUAAACAUUAAUAAUUAUAAUGAUGAUUAAAUUACAUUAUUAAAUCAUAAUCUUAUAGGAAAUGUAAUAGAUUUAUGUUAAUUGAUUUUUACAAUAGUAUAACAUAUAUAAAAAUACUAAGAAGUAUGUUUAGAUGAGUUUUUUCAUAUGAUUUUAUUGAUUAUUCCUAAUUUUGCUAAUGAUUCUAGAUUGACUAAACAAUUUGGCUAAUUAAUAACUUUAUUAUCAAAUCUUUAAAUAAAGGAAAGUUAAAUUUUAUAGCAUUUAGCAAUGUUCUUAAAUUUAGAAUUUGGUAUUUUACCAUAAACAUAAACAACACUAUUUUAAAAUCUCUUAAAAAAUUAUAAAUCAGGUAUAAUAACAGGAACAUUAUUAUUUUUAAAAGAAUUUUAGAGUAAUAAUAAAUAAGAAAAUAGAUUAAAUUUAUGUAAAUAAUUAAAAUCACUUCUUGAAGAAUCAUAUUAAUUAAUUGAUUCAAAUUCAAUAUUAUUUUAUGCAAUCCUUGAAUCUUGUAUAAGAAAUUAAUAAAUCUAUUAUUAUUAGAUUGUAAUUAACUUUUUUGUAGAAUAUAAACCUACUUUAGAUUAACAUAUGUAUUAUUUCUUAUUGAAUUUUAUUGAGAAAUGUAUUAAAUAAAAUGAUACUGCAAAUGUUGAUUAAUUAUAUUAGCUAUUAUAUUAAUAUAUUGCAUCUAAGAAAAGUUUACCUAUAGAUCUUUGCAAGUAAUCUUACAAUAUGUGUACAUUUGAUUAAUCAACAUUAGCAAAAUAAUUAGUAAAACUACAUACUUUUUUUAUGAUUUCUAUGUAAAUGGAUACUUGUACUAUAUAAUUCAUAAAAGAUACAGUAAUGGGAAAUAAUUAAUAUAAAUAUUAAUGGAAAGUAGAAAAUAAUAAAUCAUUAUUUAUUAUUGUUUCUGAGAUUUUAGAAUAAAUUUAACCAGAAUCAUAAUUUAAAUUGGAAUUAAUUAAUAUUAAACAUCUUUUUGAAUUAUUAUUCUAUUUAAUAGAAUAAAAUACAAAGAUGGAAGUAGAUAAAGUUAUUCCAUAUUCUUUAAGAUAAAUAAUAAAAAUGGCUUAUAAAAAUAAAUUAGAUGAUGUAAUUUAUAUAUUUAUUAUAGUUUGUAUGUAAGAUAUUGUUAAUAUCAUUUAAUCAUGAAAAUCUAUUUUUGUUUCUUUUAUUGGAAUUAUAAUCAUAUGAAGGGAAUAGAUAAUUGAUGAUAUUAAAGAAAUUUAUUUAUGAAUAAUAAAUACCAUUAUAUGGAUAUUUAUUAGUAAUAUGUUAGAUAGUUGAAUAAAGUGAUACAUUAGAGACUAUAUUAGAGAUGUUACCAUAAUUAAAUUAGUAUAAUAAUAUAAUAUAAUAAAUAGAAUAUUAAGAACUACUCCAGUAGAUGAUAAUUUAAAAUAAUUCACAUAAUUACUAUAUUUGAAAUUAAAUGCUUUAAAAGAAUAUGUUCCAAUUGGUAAAAUAGAUAUGAUUUGUUAAUCUAUUAGUUUAUUGUCUAUAUGA